AUGAAUAUUGAAUCUCAGGAUUUGAGAUUUCGAGAUCACAAAAAUAAUUAAAGUCUUUAGAAAUUGUAAGUAUGUAAAGAUUUAAAUAUUCAUAUAGAUUUUAGUCUUUGGAGAUGGUUAAACUGGAAAAUCUUCAUUAGUUAACAUUUUAACCUAUAGAAAAUAUCCUGAUAAGAUGACACGUAAGAAACAAAAGUAACCAUUUAAAACUUAAGGAUGCGAUAUUAGAAUGGCUUUAAGAAACGAUUUGACAUAAAAACAAUAAUAUUUACUAUAAAUUCUAGAUAUUUCUGGAGAUAAGGCUUAGAGAUAAUAUUUAGAUGUAUAUAUAUCAAGAUUAAAAUUGGAUGGAAUAAUAUUUUGUUUCGAUGUGACAAAUUUGAAAACUUUGGAUAAUCUCAGAAAAUGGAUUUAAAGAUUAUCAGUUAAAAGUGUAAUUCAUGAAGUCAAUGAAGAAGUUUUGGAAACUAAUAAUAGUGAAUUUGCUAAACAGAGUUGCAUAGCUAUUUAAGAUGAAUAGGAUAGCUUAUUAAAUUAUAAUAGUUAUAAUGGAAUUCCUAUGGAUGAAAUACUAUAAACUCCUUUCAUUUUUAUAGGUUGUAAGAUGGAUUAGAUUCCUAUGGAUAAACAAGUUAGAUUGAGAUAAUAGAUUUGUGAAAGAGUAUUAUAAAUAUAGUUAUAAGUAGAUAUAAUAAAUUUACAAAAGAUCUAGUACAGUUAUUUUAUUAAGCACUACUAAACCUGAGACAUAUUCAGAUCAAUAUAAAUAGUUGGAGGAGUGUAUUAUGAGAAUAAAGUAAAGAGAUAAAUUGGAAGAAUUUUAGAUAAGAGAAAAGAUUCAAUAAAAAAUGAUGAAAUUGGAUGAGUCUUUUUGUAAAUCUACUAAGAAAAUACUAUUCGAAUAAAAAUAUUAAUUGUUUUGUGUAUAUAUGAAACAUUUUUGUUAAAGAUUGAUGUGUAAAAAGAGAAAGUAAUGA